CCUUAUCGGGCGCCAGCGGAACAUUAUCGAUACAAUUGGGUUUUGCAUAAUGCGAUCACACGCAAGGCGGCUUCGCUGAUCACCCGAUCAUGUUCGAGCGCCGCCCGGUGUUGGGCGUGCUGAUUUGUCUGACUCUGGUGCUGACGAUAUGGCAAAUCUCACCGCGGGAUGUAACCGUCUACCGGGAAGCCACGUCUCCGUAUCUGUCGUCCGCGUUGCCUUCCCUUGCCUCAAAGUCCCCGGCGAGAACCGCCAACGAUCAGCUAAAGCUUCCCUUCGAUAGCGAUGAGGGGAACGACAUCGAUGGUGAUCGUCAGGAUGCGUACGCCAUCGAUCACAGAAGAAACAGCAAUAGCGGCGGAACUAGUGCCACGUAUCUCAAUAUCACGUCACCGGUCUGGCUCGCAGAGGCCUUGGCCGCCGCCGCCGCGGCCGCGACGGGAUCUCUUGCUGACAACCGGGCUGGCAGCAGGAACCGAUGGGACGUUUUAGCGGAACAGGAUACCGCGACCCGUAGCAGCAUUAGCCGUAGUAGAAAUAGUACACAGUCGACAGCAUCGUUAACAUUAGCUAGCGCGUGGGAAGAUUCGUUGCCAAAUGACGACUACACUAGUCUUAUCGAUCUAAAGGAUUUUGAAUUCACCAUCAACCGCGAUUACUGCGGAGCGGGCACCGGUAGGAGCAAAAGGAAACGAAGGAGAAGAGCGAGCCUGUUCGAGGAUAGCCUUCCGCGUGCAGCAGAUGCCUUACCAGGCACGCGGUCACCUGCGUCGCCACCGCUAGUGUUAGUGUUGAUCCACUCGGCCCCGGACAAUCUGGCCAAGCGGAACACGAUCCGUUCGUCCUGGGGCCUGUCGGAUGCCCGGGCCCGACUGAUCUUCUUGAUGGGUGCGGUCAACUCGACCACGAGCCAGCGUGCCAUCGAGCACGAAUCGCGCACCUACGAUGACAUCGUGCAGGGUAACUUUGUCGAUGCGUACCGCAACAUGACGUACAAGCACGUGAUGGCACUGAAAUGGUUCGUGUACCACUGCCCAGGAGCACGCUACGUGCUCAAGACGGACGACGACGUCUUCAUUAACACGCCCGUCCUGUACGACGUGCUGGAGCAGGUCGCGACUUUGCGCAAUCUGCUGCUCUGCCAGCUGGUGACGAAUCAGAACGUCAAGCGAACGCACCGGUCGAAGUGGUUCGUGAGCUGGCGCGAGUAUCCGUCGAGGUCCUAUCCUCCUUAUUGUCCCGGGUAUACGAUCCUGUAUUCGGCCGACGUGGCCUGGCUGCUGUACCGUGAGGCGCAGCGUCAGCCAUUCUUUUGGAUCGAUGACGUCCACAUCACGGGCACGGUGGCGCAGAGAGUUAACGUCACCGUUACGCCCAUGGACGGUCUUUACCUAGACAGUGAUGCGAAAAGGGACCUUCUGGAUCACCGAAUUGACGGCGGUCGGAAGGUAUUUUUCUUUACCGACCCGAAUUUACCGAUGGACGAGAUUCGGCGGCUUUGGGAGAGUGUUCGGCCACAGCGAUAGUGCGCCCCCUGGGUGCAGAAGAGGCGACUGACUGCGUAACGCUUGUGAUAAGGAGCUUGGAGCGCCUAUUUUUUUCUCUCCCCGCCCUCUUUCGGCCAAGUCCUGCUUUUGGUGUUAUUGCUUUUUGGCAGGUGUAUCUGGUGAUCCUUUAUUUUUUAAACUCUACGCUAGAGUUU